AUGGAUCCCAAUAUUGCCUUAUCGCACGCAAACACCCUCCUCGCCCGCGCGGAGGGAACAGGCCGCCCGCCAAUAUACAAAGCCGUUGGCAUUUCGCUUGCUGUCGCUUCGGGUAUUUUUAUCGGUAUCUCAUUCGUGAUCAAAAAAAUCGGACUGUUGAAGGCGAACGUCAAAUACAAUGAGGAAGCCGGGGAGGGAUAUGGAUAUCUGAAGAACUUCUGGUGGUGGACUGGCAUGACGCUGAUGAUAAUUGGGGAGAUCUGCAAUUUUGUCGCGUAUGCAUUCGUCGAUGCGAUCUUGGUUACGCCGCUCGGAGCGCUCUCGGUGGUGAUUACGACGAUUCUAUCGGCGAUCUUCCUCAAGGAAAGGCUGAGUUUCGUGGGGAAAGUUGGCUGUUUCUGUUGUAUUAUUGGAUCAGUGACUAUUGCCAUGAAUGCUCCUGAGCAGUCGUCUGUUGCAGACAUUCAGGGCAUGCAGCAUUUUGUGCUUCAGCCUGGGUUUCUGGUUUAUGCUGGACUGAUUAUCAUCGGGGCUGUUUUUACAGCUCUUUGGGCUGGUCCGCGAUAUGGAAAGACGAGCAUGUUCGUUUAUAUCAGUAUUUGCAGUAUGGUUGGUGGAUUGAGUGUCGUCGCUACUCAGGGUUUGGGAUCUGCAAUUCUUGCGCAGAUCAAUGGCGAAGAGCAGUUCAAGCAUUGGUUCCUUUAUGUCUUGUUCGUGUUCGUCAUUGGAACACUGCUGACUGAGAUUAUCUAUCUCAAUAAAGCGCUGAACAUUUUCAAUGCUGCUCUGGUCACGCCGACAUAUUAUGUGAUGUUCACCACCGCUACGAUCAUCACCUCUGCCAUUCUGUUCCAGGGCUUCAAGGGCACAGCAGUGCAGAUCACAACCGUGAUCAUCGGAUUCUUGCAAAUUUGUGCCGGGGUGGUCUUGCUACAGUUAUCCAAGUCCGCCAAGGAUGUUCCCGAUGCUGCCGUGUUCAAGGGUGAUUUGGAUCAGAUUCGCGAAGUUGCCGAGGUAGAAGAGCCCGAGUUCGAGCCCAAGGCUGACUCCAUUCGCGGUGCGGCAUCCAUCAUCCGCCGCAUUUCAACUGCUCGACGCACUAUGGAAGCCGAUGAAGCCCGUCGCUUCUUCCAUGACAGGCACGAGGAUACUCUGAAACCACCGAGUGAGAAUGAAAUCAUCGAAUGGGAUGGCCUGCGCCGGCGCAAGACUGUUAUUGGCGAGGGUCCAAGCAUAUCACGACCAAUCACUCCACGUACACCGUCGGUCAGACAACACCCUCCAUGGGGCAUGUCACGGAUCCCUGUUGUCGAAGAUGAGGACAAUCUUCGACCUGCUACGAAACAAAGUGGCCAUUCUUUCAUGGACGGUAUUCGGUCACGGGCUACCAGCAUGCUCCAUCCUUCCCAAUGGAGGGCUGUGAGCACAGAAGACGAGAAGAUCAGCACGCAGCCCCCGGGAAUGGCGGAUAUGCGGCUUAAAGGCGUUAACGCUGAUUCCAAAUACCAUGAGGAAACUAUGUCUGGAGGGUUGGAGGCUCCGCUCCACCUGAACCGCCCACGCAGCGAUACGCCGCGGUCCAUCUCGUGGGCAGACGAAAAGCAAGAAUCCCUAGCACCUGAGCCUCUCAGCACUGCCCGCCGUCAGUUCUCAUUCAACAACAUGAUGGGUCGUAUGAAGGCUAGCAGUGAAUCCUCCGCCAAACCUCCACCCGGCUCACCUCGUGGUAUCCUACGCCGGACGCACCUGGGAGGCGACCCUCGCAACUCCACCACCGAAGAAGAAUAUCUCGGCCUAGUCCACGGUGACUCCCGUCAUUCGCAACAAGAACAAGAGCCGCUGAGCGAGAAAUUGGACCGCUGGUCCAGCGGGGAGUCAGAACUUGGCGAGCCUCGCCCCAUGUUCCAAGGUCGACCACACGGUAACUCUGUGUCUAGCAUGUCAACCGCCGCGUUCCCUGCUUACGAGGACAAUCACCACCACUAUGCCGAGUCCCACAACCCGUAUUACCUUCCCAACAGACAAGCUGUCUCAUCCUCAGACCACAUCUCCCAAGGAGAUGAGGGCUGGAAACACCCCUCCAUCAAGAGACAGCGGCCGCAAAAGUCGUACUCGGACAAACUCAUCUGCCCAUCCUGCUCCGCCUCCCUCCCAAUCCUCCUUCUCUACCCACCGUCAUCCAAACCCGCUCCCACCUCUCCCGGACAUCACACCUACUCCCACACUCGAUCCCAUGCCCAUCGCAACCAAUCCCUCGGCGCUGAGAGCAGUCUCUUCAGAAACCGAUGUGACUAUAUCUACCUCCCCCGAAGCGGGAGAUCACAGUGA